AUGGGCCAAAAAAGAAAUUCCAUCUGGCUGGCACAAAAAGGUUAUCAAGUAGUGCGAUUUGACACUUCGAUCGAAGGAAUUCAAAUCGUCAAAUAUCAAACUGAACGAUUCAAUCUAAGUAAUUUACAAUCGUAUGUGGCAUCAAUCGAAGAGUUUCCUUUUGAGGGUUUUCAUUGGGAUAGUUUAAGUGGUGAACAUCGAAUACCGACUGGUGUUACUUAUAGAACGAAUGUAAUUCCAUCAUUAUUUUCGAAUCUAACAACGAUUGUGUACGAAGAACCCGAUGAUUAUAGUGAUUUUGGAGAUGAAAUGACAAAAGUCAUUUGA